CUUGAAGCCCCCCGAGGAGGAUGGAGACGCUGUCAGGGAAGGACAAGGAGCUGAUCCGGAGCAGCUGGGAAAGCCUGGGCAAAAAUAAAGUUCCUCAUGGCGUCAUCAUGUUUUCCAGGCUUUUUGAGCUGGACCCAGCUCUUCUCACUCUUUUCCACUACAACACAAACUGUGGCAACACACAAGACUGCCUCUCCAGCCCAGAGUUCCUGGAGCAUGUCACCAAGGUGAUGCUUGUGAUCGAUGCCGCCGUCAGCCACCUGGACGAUCUUCACUCCUUGGGGGAUUUUCUUCUCAACCUGGGGAGGAAGCAUCAAGCCGUGGGGGUCAACCCACAGUCAUUUGCUGUGGUGGGGGAGUCGCUCCUCUACAUGCUGCAGUGCAAUUUGGGCCAGGCCUACACCGCGGCCAUGCGUCAAGCGUGGCUGAAUAUGUACGGCAUCGUGGUGGCCGCCAUGAGCCAAGGAUGGGCUGAGAAUGGCGAGGACAAGGCAGACUGAAGCGCCGCCGCGUGAGCUGCUGAGCGGCUGCUGUCCUCUUCACUCAUUGUGGUUGCCAUGGAACAAGGUUGUGUAACUGGCAGCGCUGUGGCUUUUUUUUUUUUGCUGCUGUACAUUUGCUGUACAUUAGUGGGGAGCGCAGAGCAAAGGCGAAUGUAUGGUGUGGCCACACUCCACCGAUCACGGACUUCGUCUUUGCAGUGGUGUUUAGCAAGCAGGGUCCAAACCAGCCACCCUGAAGCAAAGCAAAGAAGCAUAAAGGUUAACUUGUAUAUACUGUAAUGCCUUUUAUUCUAUCAUUCUGACCAUAGUGAACUAUGUGAUGUAUCCUAAACGCGUCACGCAGCGAUGAAUAUUCCAUUUACGCUACUCAAAGUGAUACGAGUUUAGUGUGGCCCACACGGGGCAGCUCUGGGUCGAAUUGUGACCAAAACAAAAUGGCAUCACUAUACUCAUCGAGGUGUAUUUGUUUUCUGUAUGUUAUCCAACUUUUAAUGUAUUUACGAAAGGCUCAGAUAACAAUUUUGUUUUUUUUCCAACGGACAAACUACCAACAGCUACUGACAAGAACUGUUACACACUGAUAGCUUUCUACCAUAAUCUCUGACUGUUAUGGUGUCCUCGUGCACCUUAUUUUACACGGUGUAUGGCACUCAUUUCAAUGGAGGCCGUGAGUACGUAUCUCAGUUGUCUUCAUCUGACUGUUAACAAACAAGACUGUUAUGUUCAGCGAAAGGGUGUAGUAGGACUUUGUUGGUGUUAAUCACUGUAGUCAGUGUUUUUUGUGAACGCAGCCACUAAACAACUGAUGGUAAACAUUUGUUUUCGAUUUGAA